UCUACUCUCAUCGCACCAAGGUGGAUACAGAUGCAUUGAAAUCAUCCAAAACCAAACCAAAGAAUUUUGAAACUUUAUUGGUAGUAAUUUUCCAUAUGGAGAGCUCAAACUCAAAGCCUCAAGUAGUUCUAGUCGCUAGUCCCGGCGUGGGCCACCUUGUUCGUGUCCUUGAGCUCAGCAACCGCCUUGCUGCCAAUCAAAACUUGCACGUGACCACCUUCGUUGUCAUGGAAUCUCACACCACAGCCACAGCCGCCACCACCGGGGAAUCCCAACUAGUCCAAUCUGCCAAGGCUCGGAGACUGAAAAACCAAGACAUCAUAGAGUUACCACCAGUAACCCAUAAUACAAAUGCUCCCAUCUUCACAAGGCUCGGUGCCCUCAUGCAUGAGAUACUUCCAACCCUCCGAUCUUCCAUCUCAGCCCUGAAGCACAAUCCAACGGCCCUCGUUGUUGAUAUUUUUGGAACACCAUUACUUGAGGUGGCAGACCAAUUUCACAUGCUGAAGUACGUGUUUGUUUCCUCUACAUGGUCAAAUGCAUUGCUCUUAUACUUUCCAGUGCUUGACAAGGAAGCACAAAGAGUUGAAUUGGGUGAGCUGAAAGAACCAAUCAAAAUGCCUGGUUGCAAACCAAUUCGACCUGAUGAUUUGCUCGACUCGAUGAUGGACAGGACAAAGAGCGAUUACAAGAUGUUGUUACAAAUAGGGCUGAAGAUGAGAAACAGUGAUGGAAUUUUGGUGAACUCUUGGGAAGAGUUGGAUGCCACAACGCUUAAAGCAUUGAGAGAGGAAGAGGGUUAUGGAAAAGUACCAGUUUACUCAGUUGGGCCAGUGACUAGACCCUUUGAUAAUGAUCAUGGCCGUGGUCAUGAUCAUCCAUUGUUGCAUUGGUUAGAUGAGCAACCAGCAGAGUCAGUGCUUUACAUUUCAUUUGGGAGUCUUGGAGUUCUUUCACCUCAGCAAAUCAUCGAGUUAGCUUGUGGUUUAGAGCAAAGCCAACAGAGAUUCAUUUGGGUACUACGCACACCCAGAAACUGCGCUAGCACUAUGGAGGGCCUGGAUUACUUGCCAGAUGGAUUUUUGGAUAGGACCCAAAAGGUGGGCCAGGUAUUCACAAAGUGGGCUCCACAAUCGGACAUAUUGGCGCACGGAUCCAUAGGAGGGUUCUUAACUCACUGUGGGUGGAACUCGUCCUUGGAGAGUAUACUAAAUGGAGUGCCAAUGAUAGCUUGGCCAUUGUUUGCAGAGCAAAAAAUGAAUGCUACACAGUUAGCUGAAGAUUAUGGUGUGGCUGUGAGGCCUAAAGUUGCGCCAAGUAAAGAAAUAGUGGGAAAGGAGGAGAUUGAAAUGAUGGCAAGGAAUGUUAUGGAAGGGAAUGGUAAGGCAAUGAGGGCUAGAGUUAAGGAGCUUAAGAAAAGUGGGGAAAAAGCUUUGGCUGAGGGUGGUUCUACUUUCAACACUUUGUCUCAAUUGGCAAACCAAUUCCAAUUGAACUGUCAACGCCAGAAAGGUUAAGGCUCCAUGACCCGCCAUCAAAGUGGGAGCCAAUUGCUGGUGGCAGUGUUUAAUUAAUUUGUUUUUGUAGCAACUUUUGUUUUGUGUGUCCUGUAAGAUCCUUUGGAAUGCUUAAGUAAGUUUUAAUUUGGUUCCUCAAAAAAUAAAAAUAAAAAGUAAGUUUUAAUUUUC